GACAACUAAAAGACAAUGUACUUUGUAUGAUGGGCAGCAUUCCACUCAUUUAGGAGUAUGUCAUAUUCCGAUGGCAGAGCCAUUCUGCACCAAAACCAGAGAGGUUCUUAUUGAGACUGCCAAGAAGCUUGGGCUCCGGUGUCAUUCCAAGGGGACAGUGAUCACAAUCGAAGGCCCACGUUUCAGUUCUCGAGCAGAAAGCUUGAUGUUUCGCAACUGGGGAGCUGAUGUUAUCAACAUGACCACAGUGCCUGAAGUGAUUCUUGCAAAAGAAGCUGGAAUGAGUUAUGCUAGUAUUGCCAUGGCAACAGAUUAUGACUGCUGGAAGGAACAUGAAGAAGCCGUUUCAGUGGAUAAAGUUCUAAAGAUGCUGAAAGAGAAUGCAAAUAAGGCUACUAGCAUACUCCUUACAGCUAUACCUCGGAUAGGUUCCAUGGAAUGGACUGACACCCUGCAUACCCUGAAAACAACAGUGCAGUGUUCAGUCAUCCUGCCAAAGCAGUAA